AUGACAAAUUAUUUUACAAAAACGUUUGCAAAAUUUGAUAUUUUUGGUUCUGAGGUUGGACUGAAUUAUUAAAAAGAUAACAUAUUCAAGACAACAUUUGGAGGAUUUAUGACUUUAGGUUUUUUUGCAUUCUUAGGAGUUUUCUUUUGGAAUAACAUUUUCUCCUUCCUGAACAAAGAAAACGUUUUUGCCACCACAAAUAAGUAGUUCUAUUCAGAUCCACCUGUAGUUGCUCUUAACCCAAGAAAUUUUAUGUUUGCUGUUUAAAUCAACUAAGAUGAUUUCAUUUAGAGUCCCUAUCUGAAUAUCACUUUUGAAACAAGAGAUUAUGUCACAUUUCCCAAUGGAACAAAAACAAAAAGGCUUUAUCCUACUUAACUAGAACCAUGUACACCAGAGCAUUGGUCUUAAUUGCCUAAAAAUGGAUUUAAUUGGACAGAGGCAUUCUACUAAAAUGGUCUAUAACAAUUUCUUUGUCCAACAAAAGAUUAUGAAUUUAUGUUGGGAGGGACAUACAUUUCAGAAAACUUCUAUCAUUGGAAAUUUUCUAUCACUAAAUGUUCAAACAAAACUCUUCCAAAUGCUCUUUGGAAACCUGCUUGUAAGAGCGAUUAACAAUUUGAAGCGUAUUUCAAUAAGACUCAAAACAUUAGAUUUAAAAUAUAUACUAGCAAUUUUGUUAUUAAUGCUUUGGAAAGCAAAAAUUAUGUAAAUAGCUAUGUUGAAGAUUCUAUCUUCUUUUUAAUACAAAAUAAAAAUUCAUACAUUACAUCAGAUAUUUACUUUAGCGAAAAUGUUAUCCAAACUGAUGAAAGUCUGCUACCUUUUCCUAGUAUAUUAAAUGAAACUAUUGUAAAUUUUCAAGCAGGAAAUUUUAGACCUUAAUACACAUUUGGGUAGGUUGGAGAUGUAUUUGCAGAUUUUUUUAUCAGAAAAGAUCCUUUUGUUUACAAAAUAAAUAGAAGUUUUCAAAAAAUUAGCUAGAUUAUUUCUUACAUUGGAGGAUUCGCUCAGAUUUUUAUUUUAGUUACAGCUAUUUUAGUUAAUUAGUACAAUGAAUAUGUUUAUGCAAUAUCAUUGGCUAAUAAGAUUUAUGACUUUUAAUUUUCAAGCAAUGAAGGAAAAAAGAGUAAAUAAACUAAAUAUCUAUCAUAAAAUAAUGAUAAUCGCAAAAGCGACGGAUAAUAUAAGCCAAGUUUUUUUGAAAGCCUCACUAAAAAGAAUUCUUUUGAGACGAAAUCAAAUCACAAUUAGAUUGCUCAAACAGACUAGCUUGAUUUAGAAAAGUAAGUCAUCAAAAAGGAUGACUAAUAGGAAAUGGAGAUUAAUAUAUCAAAUAAAAACUAAAAAAAGAUAAUUAAAAGGGAAGAUGAUGGGUUGCUACCUUUCGAUGAGUUGAAAGCAAUUAUACUAUAAAGAAAGCUAUAAAUUGAAUAGUAAUAGUAAAAUUAAUAGUAACAGAAAUUAUCUGCUUUGAAUCAAAAAAAACAAUUAAUUAAAACCGAAGAAGAUACUGUAUAAGAGUAAUAAGAGGUAACUAUAAAUUAAGUAUAGAUUAUUGAUAAGGAUAAAGACUCUAUAAUUAAGAAAAGUGAUGAUAUUUAACCUACAUCUGAACUUAGAAUACACAACGAAUAGUAAAUGCCUGCACAUAGAAUAGAAUCUAAAAAUUUAAUGAAUGAAAGCAUUCAUCCUGAGAGUCCUUUGGAAAUUGAGAAAAGAGAUUUAUUUUCAUUAAAAGAAAUUAAUACUAAAAAUGAAGACAAAAUAAUAAAUAUUGAAAAUACAAGACAAACUAUCUAGUUAGAUAAAAAUGAGUUUAAAAGCAGCUUAUAAGAAUAGCCAAAUAGCAAUGUUAAAUAAGUUUUAAAGAUUUAAAAUUUGAACUAAGAUGUGAAUUCUUGCGAAAAUAUAUUUACUUACAAUUAAAACUCAAACACACCCAAUAACAACUUAGCAAGAGAUACCCCAAAAUCUAAAUUCUUUUCAUAAAAUAAUAUUCUUUUACAUGGUCUUGGAUAUUAAAACUAAAAGUAAUUCCUCUAAAAAGAGUUUGAAUUUUUGCUCAAAAAACAGUCUACUCUUAAAAUGACUUUUAAAUACUUUUUAUAUAAACUCACCUGCCAUAAGUUUUUCAAGACCGAGUAAGUUUUACUAUUAGAUAAAGUCAAUUAAUAGAUGAAAAAAGAUUUGGAUAUAUUUACGAUCAUCAAUAGAAUAAAGGAAAUUGAGAAAUUUAAAAAGCUAUUUUUAGACAAAAACUAAUAAAUUCUUUUUAAUUUCUUCCCUAAACCUGUGAUUUCCGUGUAAAACGAAGAAUAAAAUCUAACAAGGGCAGAUAUAGAAGAGUAAUUAAAAGAAAGUAAAAUGAAAGACUCUUAAUAGAAUGUAAGAACUCAAAGGAUGAGUUAAUACCAGUAAAAAAAGCUAAAUAUAAAUAUAAAAAUAGCAGCAGUAGUACAAAAGGCUGCUAAUAAAUUUAAAAAACCUUUAAUUUCUAAGGUAAAUGAAUACAACACACUUAACACUUACAAUAUGCUCUACACUGCAUAUGAAUAGCUUAUUGCUGAAGGAUAAAACAGCAAGUUUAAUAAAAAAUUAAUAGAACUUCUUGGUGACGAGUUGUCAAAUAUAUUUGAGAUCUCGACAAUGUUGGCUAACAAAGGAAAAAUAAGUUAAAAGUAGAAUUUUACAUAAAUGAUACAUUAAAAUAAGAUUUAAUAAUAAAUCGAGUUAGCAGAUUUAAAUAGUAAAAGAAAUAUUUUCUCUGAAUAAAUGACUUCCUUGCCUUCAACAGAAAGAAAAUUAGGGUUUUAUUAAAACUAAUAAUGA